AUGGAGCCCGCCUCCUCGCCGCUUGGCGCCCCCGCCGCCCAGCUGGGCCGCCUGCGGGACUCGCACGGGAAGGUGGUCACUAGCUGCCAAGAAAAAAUCCAGCAUUGGAAGAAGGUUGAGAGUGACUACGAAGCACUUCAGGACAGACUCAGUACGCUGCCAGACAAACUUUCAUAUGAGGUCAUGGUCCCUUUUGGUCCUCUAGCUUUCAUGCCAGGAAGACUUGUGCACACCAAUGAGGUGACAGUUCUUCUUGGGGACAACUGGUUUGCAAAAUGUUCAGCAAAACAGGCCGGGGGUCUAGUAGAACACAGGAAAAAACGCGUAAGAAAAAUGCUGGAUGAUUUGGGCAAAGUCAUGAAGAAUUUUGAAUCCAGAGCUGAAUUCACUGAAGAUUUGCAGAAAAUCAGUGAUGCAGCAGGUGAUAUUGUUGAUAUCAGAGAAAUAGCAGAAAGCGAUGAGACUGAAAGUAAAGGAAAGUGCAGAACUGCUCACAAACCUCAUUCAAAACCAAAAACCCCUGCUUUUGAGGUGAAUCUUGAUGAGAGUGGAACUGAUAAAAAGCCCAAUGGGGACUUAAAAUCAGAAGAGGACCUCUGGGCCCGACUUGAUGAACUGGAAAGUCAAGAGCAAAUCCUCGGUGAACUCAACAGGAUUUCCGAGACUAGUAAUGCAAAGUCAGAAGGCGCCUCUUCUUCUGAAGAAGAGAGAGAAGACAACAAGUUAAACCCGGAUGUUCUUCAGAGGGAAGAAAAACCUCAUACUCAGGGCAACGUUCAGAAGGACGUAACCAACUUUGAAUCAUUCAGAAGUCAGCUUAAUGGCCCCAAUCACUACUGCAGUGACGAUGAAGAUGAUUUCGCCAUUAGUGAGAAUGUUGUGCCAACAAUAUAUUUCUCCCACACUGUGGAACCUAAAAGGGUACGAAUAAACACAGGAAAAAAUACCACUUUAAAAUUUAGUGAAAAGAAAGAAGAAGCAAAACGGAAACGGAAGAACAGCAACGGAAAUGGACACGGGACGACAGAAUUGCCAAACAUUAAAACGCCGGCAGACAUUUAUCGAGUCUUUGUUGAUGUUGUGAAUGGAGAAUAUGUCCCUCGUAAAUCAAUUUUGAAGUCUCGGAGCCGGGAGAACAGUGUUUGCAGCGAUACCAGCGAGAGCAGCACCACCGAGUUUGACGACAGGCGAGGCUUUCUGAGGAGCCUGAGCUGUGAGGAAGCAACCCAUAGCGACAACAGCGAGGGCAUCUUAGAAGAGGAGGAGGAGGAGGAGGAGGAGGAGGAAGAGGAGGAAGAACGGUGGGAGCAGAACCCGCUUUCCAAAAAAGCACCUCCCUUGUCGGGAAUGUAUGAGGCUUUCUCAGGGAUGGUCGUUGAGAAGGAACUUUUGUCGCCCUCCACAAUACCACAUCCCGUCAUGGCUCACCCUGUCCUGCCAACCAUCUUGGAGCGAAACUCCGAGGAGAUUCUUUGCGAAGCUUCGGAAGAAACGACAAAGAGGGUUUCAAAAUUCAAAGCUGCCCGAAUGCAACAGAAAAGCUAGAUCCCGCGUAAACAGGGGACGUUGUUCAGUUUCACAAAAACGAGGGGGCAAGGGAUGGUUUGUAUCUAGCUAGUAAGGGCGGCAGAUUGCUUUGACUUAAUAUCGUUCAUACUUAGACCUCCUGUUGAUAUCCCUUUUUAUUUUUAAACCAACAAAUCUGUGAAGAAGCGUUUCAGAAAUCUCCUUAUUUUCUUAAUAAUCCCCCAUGGGCAGUCAGCACCUUCACCCAUGUUUGCCUUACAACAACAGCACAUGGAAUAGUUUUCAAAAGAAUAAUUCUCCCGAAGCUUUUGGGUUGUGCGCAUUCAAAGCUAAACGCGAGCAGUUUCUGUAUCAGGCGUGAGGUUUCAAAUACCAUUCGGGCUAUUUGAAGGACAGUUUUCAACUUUCAGGUAGAACCAACCAUUCUACUUCAUGACUUGCUUUAAUGUUUGAAGGCUCUCUCUCUCUCUCUUUUUUUUUCCCCUCAUAUCCCUUAUUGUUUUUGAAAGGUUUGCUUUUUAGGUGUCUGCUGACAAAUCAUUUCUUUCCCGCAGGUAGGAAACCUCUGAUGAUUUAGUUGUAUAGAAUCUAUGAAACAGAAUGCCGCGUUCAUGUAUUUUGCAGGGAUGUUUCUUUGAAAGGGGGA